AAUACACUUUUUUUUGUGACAAACAACUUUAGAAGGAAUCAUGUCUUUGAGUUUAUUUACAAAGUCUGCCUUUGCAGUCAAGAGUGCCAACCCUAUGCGCUCUGUUGUUGCUGCUACUUUUCACACCAGCAGCUUUUCAGCUCAAGCAACCCCUGCAUGGACUGUUGAUUCCGUACGUACAGGUGUCAUUGCCAAAAAGAAGGGUAUGACCUCUGUCUGGACUGAAGCAGGUGUUCGUUUGCCUGUCACUGUUUUACAGUUGGAAGAUGUUAUUGUCACUGAUGUUCGUACCGAGGAAAAGCACGGUUAUACCGCAUUACAAGUGGGUUGUACACCAAAGAAAGAAAAGAAUGUACCAAAACCCAUGAUUGAACACUUUAAAACUUUGGGUGUUGAGCUUAGACAAAAAUUAUACGAAUUCAAGGUGUCAAAAGACGCUGUUUUACCUAUCGGUACCCAAUUGACCGCUGAACAUUUCGUUACUGGACAAUACGUCGAUGUUACAGCACCUUCCAUUGGUAAGGGUUUUGCUGGUGUCAUGAAGAGAUGGAAUUUCAAGGGUCUUCCUGCCUCUCAUGGUGUUUCUUUAACUCAUCGUUCUGGUGGUUCCACAGGUCAACGUAAGUGGCCUAGUAAGGUUUUUAAGGGAAAGAAGAUGGCUGGUCGUCUUGGUGGUGAGAGUAUUACAGUUCAAAGUUUAAAGGUCAUUAAGGUUGACCCCGAAUUGAAUUUGGUUUACGUAAAGGGUUCCGUACCUGGUUUCGAUGAUCAAUUUGUUAAAAUUAAGGAUGCUGUCAAAUUGCGCGGUGAUAAACUUUUCCCCAAGGAAUCUAUGCCACCACCUUUCCCCACUGUCAGUAAAUAAGCUCUCUUUUUUUUUUCUGUUAAAAAAAUAAAUAUAAUAAAAAAUCCAUGUAGAAUAGAAAUCCAAAAUC